AAUCAAGAAGGAAACGACUUUCCAGUCAGUUUUGGAGAGAAUUGUACUAUGCGGCGAUGGAAGCAAAGCAACCGAAUCCGCCAUUUUCUUUCUCCAAUGCUUCAACUCUCACGACAAAGCUUAUCCCAUUCCCUCGUAUUCUCCAACCUUAUCGCUACUCUCAUGACAAAGCUUAAAAGCUCAUGUCGUCCACAUUCAAAACCCUAGAUUUUUCCCAAGCACCAUUUCGCUCGCAAAAUGCUGCUAGGACUGGACCUCCGCUUUAGCAACUCUCACUCUCAUUCUCCAAAUUUGUUUUGUUAUAUAAAUUCCAACUUGAGUGUAUUUGUUAGCGGCGGGUUGUUUCUGGAACCCGCAAUUCCUUCUUCAUUCGUUAACUUAAUUUCGUCCACAAGUUCUUCGAUUAGCGUAUCGGGCUCGGCUUCUUCUAGUACUUGUGGUCGAAAACCGGUGGUUUUGAGGAGAGAGAAGAGCGUUGGGUUUUUGACGGUGAGCUUGAAGAGUGAUGGGUUUGUUCGGGAAUCGAAGGUGUAUUUGGUGCAAAACAGAGAGGAGGGUCCCGAGAAGGCGACGACGCGUGAGGAAGGCGACGCGGUUGUUGAGCGAGGAAAGAAACAGAAGGCUAGGUUACGGGGAGGUCGUGCCGUGAACACUACCAAGCAUCUCUGGUCAGGUGCUAUAGCCGCCAUGGUCUCCAGAACCUUUGUUGCCCCACUUGAGAGACUGAAGCUGGAAUAUAUACUUCGUGGUGAACAGAAGCAUCUUUUUGAACUCGUUAAGACUAUUGCAGCUUCUCAGGGCCUGAGAGGAUUUUGGAAGGGGAACCUUGUCAACAUUCUUCGUACAGCUCCAUUUAAGGCAGUUAAUUUCUAUGCUUAUGAUACAUACAGAAAACAAUUGCUCAAACUGUCGGCAAAUGAGGAAACUACAAACUUUGAGAGGUUUAUUGCUGGUGCUGCUGCUGGAAUUACUGCUACUGUCCUCUGUUUACCACUUGAUACGAUCCGGACCAAGAUGGUUGCACCUGGUGGGGAAGCCUUGGGUGGUGUUAUUGGUGCUUUCCGCCACAUGAUACGAACCGAAGGAUUCUUUUCUCUUUACAAGGGCUUAGUACCUUCCAUUAUAAGUAUGGCUCCUUCAGGUGCAGUUUUCUAUGGUGUGUAUGAUAUACUGAAAUCAGCAUAUCUGCAUUCACCAGAAGGAAAGAAGAGAAUUCAGAAUAUGAGCCAGCACGGGCAGGAACUGAACGCUUUUGACCAGCUUGAGUUGGGACCAGCUAGGACCUUACUAUAUGGGGCUGUUGCUGGUGCUUGUGCAGAAGCGGCAACAUAUCCAUUUGAAGUUGUGAGGAAGCACCUUCAAAUGCAAGUCCGGGCAACUAAAUUGGGUGCUUUGGCAACUGGUGUGAAGAUAGUUGAGCAGGGAGGAAUCACAGCUCUCUAUGCAGGACUCAUUCCCAGUUUGCUACAGGUACUUCCCUCAGCUUCAAUAAGUUAUUUUAUCUAUGAAUUCAUGAAGAUUGUUCUCAAAGUGGAAUGAGCAGUUGGAUCCUCUAGUAGAAUUUAUUGGAGGUUGUACAGUGAAUCGAAGAUGAGCACCAGAUAAUAUUUGGAUUGGCCAGAGUUAUCGUUGCCAUAGAUGUUUACAGUAGCGGCAAAGACUCCUCUGCUCUGCCCUCACCACACGGCUCCAUUCAUUCAUGCGAUGAAUUCUUUUGAAUUGCAAGAUGAAAAUAAAAAACUUCCACUACACCUCAACCUUCUGAUGAAAAUAAUUCUUUUGAAUUACUAGUCUUUUCUUAUUCGAUAAAUUGCUCCUUCAUUAAUCUAAUAUUUAUAGGUCACUAUCCAAUUUUGGCGGUCCUAAUGUAACGACCCAAGGAAAAGUAUUAGUCA